AUGGGAAGAGCUCCAUGCUGUGCGAAAGUUGGAUUGCACAAAGGUCCAUGGACUACUAAAGAAGAUGCAUUGCUCACAAAAUAUGUUCAAGCUCAUGGUGAAGGCCAAUGGAAAUCACUUCCCAAAAAAGCUGGGCUUCUUAGAUGCGGAAAAAGUUGUAGACUUAGAUGGAUGAAUUAUCUUCGACCGGAUAUAAAACGAGGAAACAUAACUCAAGAAGAAGAUGAUCUUAUAAUAAGAUUACAUUCACUUCUUGGAAAUAAAUGGUCACUUAUAGCCGGAAGAUUACCGGGAAGAACAGACAACGAGAUAAAGAACUACUGGAACACGCAUCUUCUCAAAAAGAUGCAAAGAAAUGAACAAACAUGUAAUGUUACAGAUCACGAAGAACAGCAACAACAACAACAACAACAGCGAAAAACCAAGAAAAACAAUAACGUUGGUGGCAACAAAAAGAAGAAGAAUAAUAACAAGCAGCAAAAGAAAAACGACAAGAAAAAAGGUAGUGAUGAAGAGGAAGAGAAAAUUCAAGUUUAUUUACCGAAAGCUAUUAGGAUUAAGGCUUUAACUUUACCAAGAACAGAUAGUGGUUCGUUUACGUUUGAGUCAAAUUCUUCGUCUGGUAGCCAAGAAAAACAAGGAGUGGAACAACAAGUGAUGAUAAACAUAAACAAGAACGUUGUUUGCGAGGUUGGUGAGAUUGGUGAAAAUGACGGAUUUGGGCUCUCUAGUGAUGACCAUGACUUGGUCAACGAUAUUGAAUGCGAAUCAUAUUUUGACAUGUGUAAUGACCGUGGAACAUUAGAGAGACUAUAUGAUGAAUAUUUCCAACUCUUGAACGUCGAUGGUAUUUGCAAUUUUGAGUUUGAUUCUUUUGCUGAAUCAAUCUUUGAUUGA